GACCCGAGACGACUUAUAUAAACGAAAUAAGAGAAAAUAGUUAUCAGAGUAGAAGAUCAAACGCAUCAAAAGGGCACAACAAACAUGAACGACAAUAUCUAUCAUAUCUCCAUAUGAAACCCUAUCUCACUCCAUUCUCGAUCUACAAACUACCAAUUUUUCCAACCUCGUCUUCUGUCUCCAUCUGUACAAAAUAACAGAUCCGUUGGAAUUUCCGUUAUUGAAAAAUGGAUGGGAACAAGGACGACGCAUUGAAAAGCCUGAAAAUCGGUAAAGAAGCUUUAGAAAAAGGCGAUCGUAAUCGUGCUUUGAAGUUUCUUAACAAAGCUCGCCGAUUGGACCCCACCCUUCCAAUCGACGAUCUGUUGUCCACGAUAGACAGCGAUGCAGGGGAUCAUCCCCCACCAGCUGCUGAGUCGCCGAAUAACUCCGAUCAACCUACAAUUCGCCGAAGGACUUCCGCUCCGGCGCCAGGGCCAUCGUCAUCCUCCUCAACAACAUACACUGAAGAGCAAGUUACAAUUAUAAGAGAAAUUAAGAGGAAGAAGAAUUAUUAUGAUAUUUUAGGGUUGGAGAAGAGUUGCACGGUGGAUGAUGUUCGAAAAUCAUAUAGGAAGCUGUCGUUGAAGGUUCAUCCUGACAAGAACAAAGCUCCUGGAGCGGAGGAAGCAUUUAAAGCGGUUUCGAAGGCGUUUCAGUGUCUUGGUAAUGAGGAGAGUAAGAGGAAGUAUGAUGUUUCUGGAGAAGAUGAAGUGGUUUACGAGAGGCGUGCUGCUGCGAGGCCGGCUUCUGCUAGAGGUUUUAAUGGUUACUAUGAAGCUGAUAUUGAUGCUGAGGAAAUAUUCAGGAAUUUCUUCUUUGGAGGAAUGGCACCUGCUGCUAAUUUUGGUGGGUUUAGUUUUGGUGGACCAGGGAUGGGUCAUAGGCAGGCUGCUGCUGAUAAUGGUUCCGGCGGAUUCAAUGUUCGUGCAUUGAUUCAGGUGCUUCCGGUGCUUCUUAUUUUGCUUGUUAACUUUUUGCCUUCAUCGGAUCCGGUUUAUACUCUUUCGCAGAACUAUCCUUAUGAACACAGGCUUACUACCACUAAGGGUGUUAACUACUAUGUUAAGUCAGCAAAGUUCGAACAAGAUUAUCCGUUAGAAAGCCGCGAGCGUGCUACCAUUGAGGCGAAGGUUGAGAGGGAAUACUUUGGUAUUCUUCGCCAGAAUUGUCAGUUUGAGUUGCAGCGGCGUCAGUGGGGAUAUAUCAGGGAAACACCUCAUUGUGAUAUGCUUCGGAAGUUUGAUUUGGUGCAUUGAUACGAGUUUCAAACAAGGUUUAAUUUUAUUAUUGUCUUGCCUUUUCAUGUAGAUGCAAGAACUAAACUGCGUGUGAUGAUAUUAUAGAAUGUACAACUUAUUUUUUCACUCAGUAAUUAGUGAAGCAAUUACUAAUAAAUCACUUUGUUGGGAUUGUUAGCACUCAAAUUUCAUUAAGUAUAUCUCUAUUGGAUCUUCAUUUUCAUCUUAAAGAUGAUUAUUUAUGUGAGAGAUGUGAUUGAAUUGCCUCA